UCUUUCCCGCAAGAUGGACGGUCUCACAUUUGCCUCGAGUAAUUUAUGAUGGAAGCUUCUGUCAUCAAAUCAGUAACACGAGAUGAUUGAAAUUACAAGGCCCGUCUUUUGACUUCUGUUUUCUAUAUCUUUCUAUAUUAAUGUCUCCCUCAAAACUAACUUGCAGCGAAGUCUUUCUUUCCGGAAAAAAAGAAAAGAAAAAGAAGAAGAGCUACCAUAGUUCUGCAACAAAGUUUCUUGUGUGUUAACAGUUAAAAAAGAAGCUCUGAACAAAACAAUUAAAAGAUCAUGGGAAGGGCACCUUGUUGUGACAAGGCUAAUGUGAAGAAAGGACCUUGGUCACCCGAAGAAGAUGCAAAGCUCAAGGAGUACAUAGAGCAAAAUGGAACCGGAGGAAACUGGAUUACUCUUCCACAAAAAGCUGGUCUGAGGAGAUGUGGGAAAAGUUGCAGAUUAAGAUGGCUUAACUAUCUCAGGCCUAAUAUCAAACAUGGAGAAUUCUCUGAUGAUGAAGAUAAGAUCAUCUGCACUCUUUUUGCAACCAUUGGCAGCAGGUGGUCAAUUAUAGCAGCUCAGUUGCCAGGCAGAACUGAUAAUGAUAUCAAGAACUACUGGAACACAAAGCUGAAGAAGAAACUACUUGGCAGGGUUCCCCAGUCUCCAAGGAAACCCCAUCAGAUUUCACCUUCACCAUCAUCAUCUACAUUACUCUACAAUUGCAGCAACAAUACUUACCACACACCACCAACAUCUUUUUCAUGUUUUGAACCAUCAUAUUCCUCGAGCUUCUCAAAAUUAGAGUACAGCAAUGGUGAUCAUAAUCAACAAAUAGGGAAGCACUGUUACAAUAAUUUCUACAGUGAAGUUGCUGAUGAUAACCAGAAGCUGAUAAUGUCAUCAAAUCAUGAUUAUGAAUGGUCAACUGAAACACCAUUAGAUUAUGGGAUUGAGGAAAUUAAGCAGCUAAUUAGUACUACCAGUAGUUGUAACACCUUUAUUUAUUAUGAAAACAAUGCAGAUGGAAAAGUCCUGUACUAUUGA